GAGGUCGCUCGGGUCGGGUGUCGCCUGAGAACCGGAUGAGGCGGCGACUGUGAGGCCGAGCCGGGUCCUGGGCGUCGUUCCUGAGGGGAACCUGGGCCGGGUGAGCUGAGCCUAGCGGGAAGAAGCCACGGCCGCAGUCUCCUCCGAGCCCGGGCAGUGGUUGCCAGGGAAGCGGCGGGCUAGGCGGCCGGCGCCAUGGGCAACCGCGGGAUGGAAGAGCUCAUCCCACUGGUCAACAAGCUGCAGGACGCCUUCAGCUCCAUUGGCCAGAGCUGCCACCUGGACCUGCCGCAGAUCGCCGUGGUGGGCGGCCAGAGCGCGGGCAAGAGCUCUGUGCUGGAGAACUUCGUGGGCCGGGACUUCCUUCCCCGAGGGUCAGGGAUUGUCACCCGGAGGCCUCUCAUCCUGCAGCUCAUCUUCUCAAAAACAGAAUAUGCGGAGUUUUUGCACUGUAAGUCCAAAAAGUUUACAGACUUUGAUGAAGUCCGGCAGGAGAUCGAAGCAGAGACCGACCGGGUUACGGGGACCAACAAAGGCAUCUCCCCGGUGCCCAUCAACCUUCGGGUGUACUCACCACACGUGUUGAACCUGACCCUCAUUGACCUCCCGGGCAUCACCAAGGUUCCAGUGGGAGACCAGCCACCAGAUAUUGAGUACCAGAUCAAAGACAUGAUCCUGCAGUUCAUCAGCCGAGAAAGCAGCCUUAUCCUUGCUGUCACACCUGCCAACAUGGACUUGGCCAACUCAGAUGCCCUCAAGCUGGCCAAGGAAGUGGACCCCCAAGGCCUGCGAACCAUCGGUGUCAUCACCAAGCUGGACCUGAUGGAUGAAGGCACAGAUGCCAGGGAUGUUCUAGAAAAUAAACUGCUGCCCUUGAGAAGAGGUUAUAUUGGUGUGGUCAACCGCAGCCAGAAAGACAUUGAAGGUAAAAAGGACAUCAGGGCAGCACUGGCAGCUGAGAGGAAAUUCUUCCUUUCCCACCCGGCCUAUCGGCACAUGGCGGACCGCAUGGGCACCCCUCACCUCCAGAAGACCCUCAAUCAGCAACUGACCAACCACAUCCGAGAGUCCCUGCCAACCCUGCGAAGCAAGCUGCAGAGCCAGCUACUGUCCUUGGAGAAGGAAGUAGAGGAGUACAAGAACUUCCGGCCCGAUGACCCUACACGCAAGACCAAAGCCCUGUUGCAGAUGGUCCAACAAUUUGGAGUGGACUUUGAGAAACGAAUUGAGGGCUCUGGAGACCAAGUGGACACACUGGAACUGUCUGGGGGUGCCAGGAUCAAUCGCAUCUUUCAUGAGCGCUUUCCCUUUGAGCUAGUGAAGAUGGAGUUUGAUGAGAAAGAUUUACGCCGAGAGAUCAGCUAUGCCAUUAAGAAUAUCCACGGAGUCAGGACGGGGCUCUUCACCCCUGACAUGGCCUUUGAAGCCAUUGUGAAAAAACAGCUUGUAAAACUCAAAGAGCCGAGUUUGAAGUGUGUUGACCUCGUGGUCUCAGAGCUGGCCACAGUCAUUAAAAAGUGUGGUGAGAAGCUCAGCUCCUACCCUCGAUUGCGAGAGGAGACAGAGCGAAUUGUCACCACGUACAUCAGAGAACGAGAAGGGAGAACCAAGGACCAGAUUCUUCUCUUGAUUGACAUUGAACAGUCCUACAUCAACACAAACCACGAAGACUUCAUUGGAUUUGCCAAUGCCCAGCAGAGGAGCACACAGCUAAACAAGAAGAGAGCCAUUCCCAAUCAGGGGGAGAUCUUGGUGAUCCGCAGGGGCUGGUUGACCAUCAAUAACAUCAGCUUGAUGAAGGGUGGCUCCAAGGAAUACUGGUUUGUGCUGACAGCAGAGUCGCUGUCUUGGUACAAGGAUGAGGAGGAAAAAGAAAAGAAAUACAUGCUGCCGCUGGACAACCUCAAGAUCCGAGACGUGGAGAAGGGCUUCAUGUCAAACAAGCAUGUGUUCGCCAUCUUCAACACAGAGCAGAGAAAUGUCUACAAGGACCUACGACAGAUUGAGCUGGCCUGUGACUCCCAGGAGGACGUGGACAGCUGGAAGGCCUCGUUCCUCCGAGCUGGGGUCUACCCAGAGAAGGACCAGACAGAGAACGAGGAUGGGGUGCAGGAAAACACCUUCUCCAUGGACCCACAGCUGGAACGGCAGGUGGAAACCAUCCGAAACCUUGUGGACUCCUACGUAGCCAUCAUCAACAAAUCCAUCCGAGACCUCAUGCCCAAGACCAUCAUGCACCUCAUGAUCAACAAUACAAAAGCCUUCAUCCACCAUGAGCUGCUAGCCUACCUGUACUCCUCAUCAGACCAGAGCAGUCUUAUGGAAGAGUCUGCGGAGCAGGCCCAGCGGCGGGACGACAUGCUGCGCAUGUAUCAUGCACUCAAAGAGGCACUCAACAUCAUCGGGGACAUCAGCACCAGUACGGUGUCCACGCCUGUGCCCCCACCAGUUGAUGACACUUGGCUCCAAAAUACCAGCAGCCACAGCCCCACUCCACAACGCAGACCUGUGUCCAGUGCACACCCUCCUGGCCGGCCUCCUGCAGUGCGGGGCCCCACACCAGGGCCUCCCCUGAUUCCUCUGCCUGUGGGGGCUGCAGCCUCCUUCUCAGCGCCCCCCAUCCCAUCCCGGCCUGGACCCCAGAGUGUGUUUGCCAACAAUGACCCCUUCUCAGCCCCGCCACAGAUCCCAUCUCGGCCAGCUCGGAUCCCUCCUGGCAUUCCCCCAGGAGUUCCCAGCAGGAGACCCCCCGCUGCACCCAGCCGGCCCACCAUUAUCCGCCCAGCUGAGCCCUCCCUACUAGACUAGGCCACCUGGGGGCAUGUUCUCUGGGGGCCUUGUGUACUCGCAGUGCAGGAGCUUCCUGUGGUCUGGGCCCCUCUGCCCCCAAACGGGACCAGGCUCCCUGUGGACAAACCCUGCCCCUUCCCUCCUAUCCCUGGCAGACACCACUGAAGGGGCCUGGGAACCACAGCAUAUGGGCGCUUUGCACUUUGGAACAUGGGGUUUCUGGUUGGGAGAGUGGUAAUGGCACCCUGGGACCAUAUGGAAAGAUCCAGGCUGGGGUGGGGAGGGACCCUGGCAGGGACUUCACCAAGAACUUUGCAGAAGCCAGAACCCCCAAAGGCCUGUCUGUAAGCCUUUGGCCCUUCUUAGGGUGUAAGGGACUGCCCACUCUUCUAGAGGCUCCUCAGGAGCAAGCCAGGCCCAGUGGGCCCCACGCUGGCAGCCCCCUGGCUUGAGUUGUACAUACUUCUUUGGCCAUAUUAACCGUACAUCCUGAGCCGGACCCAACCUUGGCCAGAGGUGCCUUCAUCAGGCUGGAGUUAUUCAGUUCCACUAGGCCUCACGCUCUUCUCAGUCCUCUGGAACAGGGUGGGCCUUGGUGCCUCUCUGUGACCUUGUUCCUGCCUUGCUCAGUUUGACCACUGUAAGUGCCUGCACACUGUAUAUCCUAUUAAUAAACUAAAAUAAAGGGAAGAGCCUCUGAUA